CAAAAAAGGAAUAUAAAGAGAAUAAUCAGUCACCGCACGCCAUAGCAAUUGCUUCGGAUUUUAAUAUUUCCUCAGAAUUAUUUCUGUUUUGUUGCCCUUUGUUAGUAAUUAGAUUUUUCUAUAAGUAAUUACUGUCGAUUCAGUUAAAUUUUUGCACAAUUUGAUUAAAAUUUACUAUUGAUUCAUCUGUAAAGGUUUUUUUUUUUGUUAAAUUAAGGUUUGUGAUUGUGUUCUCUUCCUGCUGAAUCGAUAAAGAUUCGGUUUUUUUAGCUUUUGGGAAUUAGGGGUUUUCGUUAAUAUUUGUUUCUAGAGCCAUAUGGUAAAAAUUUGGGGAUCGAAGGAAGGUCUGAUCGCCGAUUAGUCGGCGAGUGGAUUAAUCGGUCCUGAAGGGUUUUUGUAUGGAAACUCGGAGUCGGAAACGGGGGGAGGCAAACACCUCAGCGGCGCCUUCUUCUUCUUCCUCUGGUCCGACCACCCGUGCCAUCAAGCGUGCUCGUCUUUCUGCCUCUAACGCCGCCACCGCCUCUUCCUCCACGACCUCAUCGAUAUCCAUUCGUACUCGUGCUGUGACUCGAUCCAAAGAUUCAGUAGUUUCAUCCACUCUAAUGGACACAACUCCCGAAGCCUCUGCUAUCUCUGCUUCAACAUCCCGUGGUCGCCGUGGUAAAAACCCUCGUAAUCAAAAUUCUGAUAACAAAGAUAACACCAAUUCGAAUAAAGGCAAGGAGAAAGAGCAUGAAAGUAGGGUUAGGGAUAGAGAUAGAGAUAGAGAUAGAGAUAGAGAUAGAGAAAUUGAAAGGAGCUCAGGGCUGAACAUUGAUUCCAAUGGCGGUGACGAUGAUGAUAAUGACAGCGAGGGAGGUGUUGGGAUCUUCCACCAGAAUUUGACUUCAGCAAGCAGUGCCCUUCAGGGGCUUUUGAGAAAACUGGGUACCGGAUUAGAUGAUCUGCUCCCUAGCUCUGCAAUGGGGUCUGCCUCAUCCUCCCACCAGAGUGGACGGCUGAAGAAGAUUUUGUCUGGUUUGAGGGCAGAUGGCGAGGAAGGAAAGCAAGUGGAAGCUUUAACGCAGUUAUGUGACAUGCUUUCCAUAGGAACUGAGGACUCGCUGAGUUCUUUCUCAGUGGACUCUUUUGCUCCAGUGCUUGUUGGGUUGCUUAAUCACGAAAGUAAUCCUGAUAUAAUGCUUCUCGCAGCAAGGGCAUUGACUCAUUUGGUUGAUGUGCUGCCUUCCUCUUGUGCUGCCGUGGUGCAUUAUGGUGCAGUAACAUGCUUUGUUGCUCGACUGCUUACUAUUGAGUACAUGGACUUGGCUGAACAGUCAUUGCAAGCCCUGAAAAAGAUCUCUCAGGAGCAUCCAACUGCAUGCUUGCGAGCAGGUGCGCUUAUGGCCGUGCUUUCGUAUCUGGACUUCUUCUCUACAGGAGUUCAGAGAGUAGCAUUAUCGACUGCCGCAAACAUGUGCAAAAAAUUACCUUCAGAUGCAUCUGACUUUGUGAUGGAAGCUGUUCCGUUGUUGACUAAUCUUCUUCAGUAUCAUGAUGCAAAGGUUUUAGAACACGCAUCUAUUUGCUUGACCCGGAUUGCUGAGGCCUUUGCGGUAUUUCCGGAGAAGCUUGAUGAACUCUGCAAUCAUGGACUUGUUACCCAAGCUGCAUCCUUAAUUUCCACCAGCAAUUCUGGAGGGGGUCAAGCUUCACUCAGCACUUCUACAUACACGGGCUUGAUUCGGCUUCUAUGCACUUGUGCGAGUGGAUCUCCUUUAGGAGCAAAGUCUCUACUACUCCUUGGGAUCAGUGGCAUUCUUAAAGAUAUCCUAUCAGGAUCUGGCCUUGUCUGUAGCAUGUUGGUUUCACCUGCCUUGAGUAGACCACCAGAGCAGAUUUUUGAGAUUGUGAGUCUGGCAAAUGAGCUUCUUCCCCCGCUGCCUCAAGGAACAAUAUCUCUUCCAGUCAGCAGCAAUCUGUUUGUUAAAGGUUCUUUUUCUAAGAAGGGUCCUUUGGGCAGUUCAAACAAACAGGAAGGUUCGAAUGGAAACACGCAAGAUGUUUCAGCUCGUGAGAAACUGUUGAAUGAUCAGCCUGAACUGCUGCAGCAGUUUGGAAUGGAUCUCCUUCCUGUUCUAAUCCAGAUUUACGGCUCCAGUGUAAACGGUCCUGUUCGGCACAAGUGUCUUUCAGUUAUUGGAAAGCUUAUGUAUUUCAGCACUGCUGAAAUGAUUCAGUCUCUGUUAAGUGUCACAAACAUAUCGAGUUUUUUAGCUGGGGUGCUAGCUUGGAAAGAUCCUCAAGUGCUUGUACCUGCUCUCCAAAUAGCGGAAAUCUUAAUGGAAAAGCUUCCCGGUAUUUUCUCAAAGAUGUUUGUAAGGGAAGGUGUUGUUCAUGCUGUGGAUUCUUUAAUAAUAGCUGGAUCUAGCAGUACUGCUGCUUUGGAGCCAUCAUCAGGUGAAAAGUAUAAUGAUUCUAUUCCUGGUUCUUCACGUUCUAGGCGGUAUCGACGACGUAGUAGUAAUUCGAGUUCAGAUGUAAAUCCUGCUGAAGACGCUAAAAGUUCAGCUCUAGGUGUGGGUUCACCUCCAAACACAAGUGAAAUUCCAACUGUCAAUUCUAGUCUUCGGGCAACAGUUGGUUCAUGUGCAAAAGCUUUCAAAGAUAAAUACUUCCCAUCUGAUCUCGAGGCCCAUGAAACUGGGGUUACAGAUGAUCUCCUACGCCUAAAGAAUCUUUGCUCAAAGUUGAAUGCCGGCAUUGAUGAUAGAAAAACUAAAUCAAAGGGGAAAUCAAAAGCUUCUGGCUCUCAGCUUUCUGAUUAUUCUGCUAGUAAGGAGGUAGACUUGGUUGACGUGAUGUCCGAGAUGUUGCAAGAGCUUAGCAGAGGCGAUGGUGUAUCGACUUUUGAGUUUAUUGGUAGUGGAGCCAUUGAUUCUUUGCUUAAUUACAUUACUUGUGGAUAUUUCUCCAAGGACAGAUCCUCUGAAGUCAAUUUGCCUAAGCUUCGACAACAUGCCAUCAGAAGGUGCAGAUCUUUUGUAGCUAUUGCCCUUCCUUCAGGGGUUGAUGAAAAGAAUGGAGCUCCCAUGAGUGUGUUGGUUCAAAAACUUCAAGAUGCUCUAUCCUCUUUAGAGCGUUUCCCUGUCGUGCUGAGCCAUACGUCUCGAUCAUCUGGUGGGAAUGCACAUCUUUCUUCCGGUCUAGGUGCACUUUCUCAGCCAUUCAAGCUGCGCCUUUGCAGAGUACAAGGAGAAAAAUCUCUCCGUGACUACUCUUCAAAUGUUGUGUUGAUUGAUCCAUUAGCAAGUUUAGCUGCUGUUGAAGACUUCCUUUGGCCCCGAGUUCAACGAAGUCAAUCUGGGACCACUCCUCCGGCAGCUGAUGCACCAUCUACUUUAACUCCUGCUGGUCGACGUAAUUCAACACGUUCUAGAUCAUCAGUUCUUUUAGGUAAUUCUGCCAAGAAAGAUUCACCCCAAGAAAAAAAUACAAGCUCGUCAAAGUCCAAGGGAAAAGCUGUUUUGAAGCCUACCCAAGAAGAGGGAAGAGGACCUCAGACUAGAAAUGCUGCUCGCAGAAGAGCUGCUCUGGAUAAAGAUGCCCAAAUGAAGCCUGUAGAUGCAGACUCUAGUUCUGAGGAUGAUGACUUGGAUAUUUCUCCCGUUGAACUUGAUGAAGCAUUGGUGAUUGAAGAUGAUGAUAUAUCCGAAGAUGAUGAUGACCAUGAUGAUGUACUUAGAGAUGAUUCUCUUCCCUUUUGUACACCAGAUAAAGUGCAUGAUGUUAAAUUGAGCGAUGCAGAUGAUACUGCCGCUGCUACACCCAGUGAUGGUCAGAAUAAUCCGCCUUGUAGUUCUAGCACCAGAGGUACUUCAGGGAGAGAAUCGGAUUCUGCUGAAUUUAGGUCCGGUAGUUCUUUUGGUUCAAGAGGUGCAAUGUCAUUUGCUGCUGCUGCUAUGGCUGGGCUUGCAUCUGCUAAUAGUAGAGGUGAAAGAGGAGGCAGAGAUCGGCAAGGACGAUCACUUUUUGGGUCUAGUGAUCCGCCAAGACUAAUAUUUACGGCAGGUGGGAAGCAGCUUAAUAAACAUAUGACCAUUUAUCAGGCAAUCCAACGGCAACUUGUGCUGAAUGAUGAUGAUGACGAGAGGUUUGGUGGCAGUGAUUUUGUAUCGAGCGAAGGAAGUAGGCUGUGGAGCGAUAUCUACACUAUCAUGUAUCAAAGGGCAGAUAGCCAAGCUGAUAAGUCGUCUGUUGGGGUUGAGAACUUGGCAACUCCAUCCAAGUCUACGAAAGCUAGUUUAUCGAGUAUAUCCAGUUCAGAUUCAUUGCAGCAUCAAGUUUCACUUUUAGAUAGCAUUUUGCAAGGGGAGCUUCCUUGUGGUCUGGAAAAAAGUAACCCUAUAUAUAAUAUAUUAGCACUAUUACGUGUACUGGAGGGGUUGAGUCAGCUUGCACCGCGCUUGCGGGUACAAGGGGCAAUUGAUAGUUUUGCUGAAGGAAAAAUUGCUAGUCUAGAUGAACUUAGUCCCAUUGGAGUCAAAGUUUCUCCUGAGGAAUUCAUUAAUAGUAAACUUACUCCAAAAUUGGCUAGACAGAUCCAGGAUGCAUUAGCACUUUGCAGUGGGUCUCUUCCUUCAUGGUGCUACCAGCUGACUAAAGCAUGCCCAUUUUUGUUUCCCUUUGAAACUCGGCGCCAAUACUUCUAUUCAACUGCUUUUGGUCUGUCUCGUGCAUUACAUCGGCUUCAGCAGCAGCAAGGUGCUGAUGGUCAUGGUUCAACAAAUGAAAGGGAGUUAAGGUUUGGGAGAUUACAGCGUCAGAAAGUUCGUGUGUCUCGGAAUCGAAUAUUGGAUUCUGCUGCAAAAGUUAUGGAAAUGUAUUCCAGUCAAAAAGCUGUUCUCGAGGUUGAAUAUUUUGGUGAAGUUGGCACUGGAUUGGGGCCUACUCUGGAGUUUUACACUCUCUUGAGUCAUGACCUACAAAAAGCAGGACUAGAAAUGUGGAGGUCGAGUUCGUCAUCGGAUAGACCUUUGGAAGUAGAUGUGGACAGACAGACAGCUGUGAAAGCUGGGGGUGAUAGGGAUAUUAUACAAUCUCCUCUUGGGUUAUUUCCACGUCCUUGGUCACCCUGUGCUGAUACUUAUGACGGUAGCCAAUUUUCUAAAGUUGCUGAAUAUUUUCGGUUGCUUGGUCGUGUUAUGGCAAAAGCUCUCCAAGAUGGAAGGCUUUUGGAUUUGCCUCUAUCAGUUGCCUUUUAUAAGCUUGUUCUUGGUCAAGAGCUGGAUUUGCAUGAUAUCAUUUCUUUUGAUACUAAACUUGGGACUACCUUGCAAGAAAUGCAUGCCCUUGUGUGCCGGAAACAGUAUUUGGAGUCAAUGGGUAGUCGUAACCUAGACGAUUUACGUUUUCAUGGGGCUACAAUAGAAGAGCUUUGUUUAGAUUUCACCCUUCCAGGCUAUCCUGAAUAUGUUCUCGAACAAGGCGACAAGAAUGUAGACAUAAACAGUUUGGAGGAUUAUAUUUCCCGUGUGGUUGAUGCAACUGUGGGAACUGGAAUAUUGCGGCAAAUGGAAGCAUUUAGAUCUGGCUUUAAUCAGGUUUUUGACAUUUCAACUCUACAAAUAUUUUCGCCAACUGAGUUGGACUAUCUACUCUGUGGCCGCAGAGAGUUGUGGAAGGUAAUGAUUCCCUUGGACCAUUUGACAUUUUCCGGAAAUUCUCGUCAUCAGCUACUUGAGAUUAUGGGGGAAUUCACCCCCGAGCAGCAACUAGCUUUCUGCCAGUUUGUUACCGGUGCUCCCCGGCUUCCACCAGGUGGUCUGGCUGUACUGAAUCCCAAGUUGACAAUCGUUAGAAAGCAUUCUUCAAACACUGGCAACACAACACAAAAUGGUUCUGGUCCAUCUGAAUCUGCGGAUGAUGACUUGCCAAGUGUCAUGACAUGUGCGAAUUACUUGAAGCUUCCUCCCUACUCCUCCAAGGAAAUCAUGUACAAGAAACUUCUGUAUGCAAUAAGCGAAGGGCAAGGAUCUUUUGAUUUGUCUUGAGUCUUCAAACUAAUCAGCUGGAUUUCCGAUUUAGUAUAUCAGAAGCCUUACCUUCCAGGGUAACUGACAAAAUGGCUAAGAUAAGGAUUCUUUGCACUGCCCUUCUUAACCUGUGAACAUUGUAAAGUCAGUCCUCAAGAUAGAAGUUGGAAGUUAGAUUCUUUUCUCUUCUCAAAGCAUUUACACAAGUUCCGACCAUUGAUGAACGACAAAUUUUUAAUAUCAUUUUAUCAUGAUUUUGCUUUUAAAUUAAUGUUGGGAGUUCUCCUUCAGAUUGAUGGGUUGUCUUGUAUUCUUGAAAUGGCUUAUGGGGAGGGAUUUUUCGGUGGAGCUCUAGUGCCCGUGCUUCUAAAUGCUUGGGAUAAUUACUUAACCCUAUCUUACUUUUUGUUAGUAGAUCUGUAAGGGCAUAUGUUUGUGCCUCUUUCCUUUGACAUACACACGGUUGGUAACUAAAAUGUUGGUAGGUAGACAUUUUACAAUUAUGUCGAUAAUGAAUCAUGCAUAGAAUUGCAUGAACAAUUGACAGUUUGCAUGAAAUCA